AUGACGAAACUUUUGAUCAUCGCUACAUUUUUCGUUUUAUUGAGCUAUGCAACCUGCUAUGAUUGCUAUGAUUGCCAAAAUUGUGAAAUUCCAUUUAAUAGUCAAACUAGUUCGAAAACAUGUAAUACAAAUGUGACUACAUGCAUGAAAAUAACGGCAAAAUUAGGUACUGUCUACACAUAUAUUGCUAAACAAUGUGGACCAUGUUUGAGUGAAACAUUUUUAUUUGGAGUUACUUAUCUUCAUGUUGAUUGUUGUUCAGGAAAUGAAUGUAAUGGAACAAAUAUAUUAUCAAUAUUCUAUAUUAAUCAUAUUUAUAAACGAAAUAAAUCUUGGAAUGAAAUCUUAUCACCAUUGAAAAAUACACCAGGAGAAAGCUGUAUUUUUCUAAUGCCAAGACAAUCGAUGUUACCACUUAUUCAAGAAUUUCUUCCGAAACAUUUAAAACAACAACGAGUAAAAAGAAAAAUGAUUACGCAACUUCAAUUUAAUGAACCACCAUUGUUUGUAAAUAAUCUUCAACAACAAUGGGAUGAAAUGAAUUCAAAUAGUAUCUGUGAUUCAUAUUCAUCAUAUUAUUCAAUUGAAGGAUGUAUGUCUUGUAAAGAAUCAAUAUCAGAUGAACAAUCUCUUAUGAAAUAUUUUUCAAUAACUUCUUCGUCAGAUGAAUUAAAUAUAUCACAUUCAUCUUCGGAAAAACAAUUUCUCUUCAAAUCAUUUAACAAUGAAAAAUCUAUAUUAGAUAAAAAUAAUUCUUCGAAUUAUAUUGUACUUGAAAUGGAACCAUGUAAAAAAAUAAAUAUAUUAAAUAAUGUCUUACAACUAUAA